AUGGAAUGUGAAGACAAUGGAUUUGAACGUACUAAAGCGGCAACAGCGGGUGCGACAUCUGGAAUCAAGCGGAAGCGGCGAUAUGCUCCUGAGAGCUACUUGCAAUUGGGUGUCUCCACUGCAGUGCCUUGUUCAUCUGAUGGGAAGCAAAUUCAGUCUGGUAUGGUCCCAUCUCCUAAAAACAACAGCCAACAUAUCAAACCCUCCGACAAUCCCUUUAUGAGCAAUAUGGAAGAGAUUGCCUAUUGGGUGCAGACUAAACGGGCACCAUGCCUUUACAAUUAUGACAAAAUAAACAAUAAACCUAAUGAACAAGCUCAUUGUUCAAAAUUUAAGCCUAAAAAUAUCACUGUUAAAGAAGUGCCUUCACCUAAGAAAAGAAAGAAGAGAAAGCUGGUGCUACUUGAUGAUGAUUCAGGCUCCAUUGAAAUACAGCAAAAUAUUUACUUUAACACAACCAAGGGUCAAAAUCAGAGGACUGUCAUGAGCAAUGGUAAGCCAAGCUCAAUAGGUUCAGAUAUAGACUUUAAUAUUAAGAAUUCUUCUAUACAGGGCAAGCCAAAAAGAAUGAAGUUACAGCCGAAUAACGAUAUGUCCUUAGUAAAAAAAAAUAAAAUGCUUACUUCCACACCAAAUGUGAAAACACUUAGACGGAGCCUCCGAAAAUGUAAACAGAAUUUAAAUAAUAUUAGUCAACUGGAUAUGUCAUUUGAAAUGAUGAAUAAAAGUGUUAUAAAUGGAAUAUUUUCCCUAGAAGCUACAACGCCAAAGAACCCUAACAAACCUUUGGAUAAUGAAAAAAAACAUGAUUCUAAGAAUGAUAAGGUAACAGAUCAAAGUUCUAUUAAACCAAAUACUAACUCAAAUAAAAAACCUCAAAAAGAAAUGCUACUCAAUGGGCAAUUUGAAGAUAUGAGUGAUGUUUCUGGUUUAACAGCCAAUUACAUUAGGUCUACUAAAAUACAGGCAAUAAAAGCUCCAAGAAAUAUGAAAAAUAAUAAAACUUUCAUACAGGAAUCCCAACAAAGCCCACAAAAGGGAGAUACAAAAACAAUUAUGUGUGUGAAUAAGUCUAUGAACACUGGGCUUCCCGAUUCUACCAAUUUAAUCUGUAGCACAGAUUCGUCACAAAAUGUUAUUAAUUUAGUAACCAUAAAAAGCAAUAAAAAAUCUACACGGGUGAGUAGAGCUACUUCUUUAUUAAAAUUUUUGGAAACAAAACAAAGUAACAGUAAAGAGAGUAUAUGUGAUAAUGACAUAAAACACACCGACCAUAACUUAGAUAUAUCAAUUCUUACUAACAGCACAUCUAGGUAUCCUAAAAGGCAUAGAAACUACACUGCUGAAAGUAGCGCUAUUGCGAGUCCUAUAAAAAAUAAUCAUGCAAAAUGUACUACAGUUAGAAGGAAGAAAAUAAGUAAAGAAUAUGAUAAUUCUGAUAGGAAAGAAAACCCAGAAGAGGAACUUAUUUCACGAACAAGGAGUGGUAGAAAAAUAGGCUUGAAAGUGAGACAACCUGAAAAUUCUGUGCUUGUUCUCAGCAACUCCACAGAACAAGUUAGUUCAGAAGCUGUGGUGAACGUGGCACGGCCACAGAACAGAAAGAAACGUCAAUCUGGGAGAUGUACUCAGUUAAAAAAAAGUCUAGAUAAAAGUAGACAGUCUAAAAGAGACUCUUUGAGAGACAAAAGUGGCUUUGCAGCAUGUUUUUCUGAGAGUGAUGAUGACAGUGAACUAUUGAAACAGAGAAAGUUUUUUUGUUAG